AUGGGUCUUGCUCACUAUGACGGCCAAGGCCUUCGGUCUCGCGCCGACCAGAAGACAGCAUCGUCCUCAUCAUCUAUCUUUCGUCGACUCGUCGCACGAGAGAGCUGCGAGGACGAGCACAAUUGCGAACCAUCUGGCUCAAAUAGCCUUGUGAUUCCUAUUGUCGUCGCUAUUAUUGUUCCUAUUGUUCUUAUCGCCGCGUUUUUAUACUACCUUCAUCGUAGAAACAUGAAGAAGCAGUUGCUGGAGGACGCUCACGAUCCUCACAAGAGCCUGGACUUUGGCCUGGGAGAGGCAGCCGCUGCGAAGAAGUCUGCCCGCCGAAGUCUCUUUAUGGGCGGAGGAGGCGAGAAGGGUGUCGGUCACAAACCCAGUCAACUGUCAAUGGAUAUGAACCUCUCAUCGCCUUACCUGUUGCCCCCCGGCCUACAGGAAUCGCGAGAGUCGCUCAACUCUCUGGCUAAGACUUUGGGCCCUGAUAACCAGGACCCUUACCAGUAUGUUGCGACCAUCACGCAAAGCGAGACCGGCUCACUGCGGUCCUUCAAUCCCAAGGAUUCCCACUCGCACAAUACUAAAUUUAACAGUCCUCGUAACUCUGGCAAACCCAUGAGCUUGAAGAUGCCACCAUCUCGCAUGAACUCACUGCCUGAGACGCCAGUAUCAGCAACCGAAUCCAGGGUCGACCCAUUCGGCACACCCAAGAUGCCCGCUCAAACCCACCAGCCUAAGUCUCCAUUUGAUUCCGAAAAGGACGGAUUCCAGCCCACUGCCAUGAUUCCUGAGAUUGGAGUCAUUUCAGACUUUGAUGAGAAGCGUGAUGGCUCUUCUGUUCAGCUUCCUCCCGCCGUGAGGUCCAAGACUCCUGACUUUGAGCUGCCAAACUUCUCUUCCGAGCCUGCCACCGACUUCCCUCUACCUCCCACUCGCGAGCAUGAAGCGACUGGUCUGGGUCUGAACUUUUCUCUUCCUCAGCCCAAGUCCCCCACUGUCAUCUCUCCUGACGUUCCUAACACUGCUCCUCUCCCCCACGACCGACACUCUGAUGGUUCCAACUACCAGUCAUACACCCCUGCGGCUGACAUUUCAAGCUACUAUGAGGACCAUGAGGAUGAUGAUCGCGGUCGCACCAUGCAACGAACAUCAUUCGUUGAGGAUGGACCUCAGCCCAGGGGUCUAGGAGUUCCCCAACAGGACAACAAGCGACUCUCAGUUGGAUUCCGCCCUCUUCCUCCUAAUGAGAUUACCGACUCUGAGGAUCCCGAGUACCGCGCCAACCGUAUCCGUUCUUUCUACAAGGAGUACUUUGAAGAUACCAAGGAGGCACCACCACCCAUGCCUCCUAUGCCUGCCAUGGCCCAAGGCAGAGCCGGUGGCAACCAGUACUACGAGGACUACGACCAGGGCUACAUGGGCGCUGACGCACCUUACUUCGACCCUGAGACCAACACCUUCGUCAUGCCUUACGCCCAGCCUGUCACUCGCCGUGCCAUGACACCUCCUCCCGCCGGUCGCCGUCCUGGUCCUGGUCGCCCCGGACCUCGCCCUCGUGGUCCCAACGGCUCUAUAGGUGGCAUGAGCUACCAGAGCGGACCAGGUGGACGAUCCCGUGCUGGCUCUUCUGUUGGCCCUCGACCCGACUCUUCAGCGUCGGCCAGAGUACGACAACCUCCCAAGAAGAGACUCCCGCCACCUGCACCUCUGACAACUCUUCCCAACCCCUCCAAGCUCAAGGAUGACAACUUCGCGAUGAUCAACGCCGCCGACUUUGCUCCUCCUAGCAACAUCCGAGACACAGCAGCCGGCCGAUCUCAAAGCCCAUUCGGCGAGAGACGACCUUACUCGCCCUCUAUCCCAGUGGCUCAGACUCUCGUCUCCCCCUUCGAGGAGCUCACCGUUCUGCCCAGCCCUCAUUCUCUCCGCAAGUCCAGUACCUUCACUGGUCUCGACUUCGCUCCCCCCAAGAAGUUCAAGGACUCCGACAACAUGAGCGACGCGGGCAGCAUCAGGAGUAACCGCAGCGGUAUGUCUCAGGCUCAACUCGGAGCCAUCCGCAACGGAGCUGGCCGUGUUAGCCGUCUGCCUGGAGACCAAGUUUUUACUCAACAAGCGUUGCAAGAUACGCUCAAGCCGUCAUGGGGAAUCCGGCCUUGA